GGACGGGAGUGGGAGAGCCUUCGCGGCCAAUCUGUGUUCAAUCCGCGCGUUCCAUGUUCAGUUUGUGGCAAGGUGUAUGUUGAGUUCUCGGCGAGGCGGUGGUCUUCACUUCGUCAUGCUAGGGUUCGCUAAGCGAGCCCACUCUUAAUUCCCAGCUGCCUAGUGACAUUCGUCUCGCCAACCCUCGACUAACCACGUUGAAGUCUUUUUCGACCACCCACUCGACUUCAUCUAUCGGUCUCCCCACCCAGUGAUCGCCGACGACAUGCAGCUCCUCGCCGUCGCCACGUCCUUCCUCCUGGCCGCCAGCACCGCUCUUGCCGCGCCUGCCGCAGACAAUACUGCCGGCAUGUGCGCCGUCUGCCCCGACACAGCGCUCGACGGCGCCUCGCUCGUCGCAUCCAGCGGCGGCACGAUGGGCGUACCAAGGUUCUGUGGCUUCUCAGCCGACUCCACAGGCGCGUCCGGACCGCAGAGCAUCUGCUUCUACAGCAACAACGGCCAGCUGUCGUAUUCCUCCACGGAUGCUUGCCCCACCGAGACCACGCUGCAAAGCUGCGUCGCGGUCCCCUAGAUGGGCACGCUAAUGGAGCGAUAUCAACUUAUGUCAUGCGGACUAGAUUCGACGGAUAAUGGGCUCUCUCAUAUCUACUAUGCGAAGUUUGGCUCCGUCGUGGGAAAUCUCGUUUCAGGAGAAUUGUUAUGACUUUUGCUGCAUCGAUUACCUUACCUUUGCUUCUGCGCCUCAUCGUUCAAUAGACAUGACUCAACCGGUCCUGAAAUGCAGGGAGUUGCGACCGAAGAAAUGCUGAUGACGAGUAGAAGCUAGGUUCGAUAUCCGGGAAGUCGUACAGUGCGGGCUCGGUAGAAGCUCACAAUGUACAAGGUAGUCGUCAAAAGCCUAACUGUUACCAACAACGAUCGAGUUCG